CGGUUUUGGAUCAUAUCGAUUCGGAGUUUCUGUUAUAGUCGCUGCUCUUAUUCAUCAAUGGAAACCUAUAAGAUACACUACUUAACAAUUUCCCUUCUCAUUAGGCUUUCGACUACGGCUGAUCAGACCGUGCCUGUUAUAAUGUGGUCAUCGGCAAAGGCAUUGUGGAAGACGGUGAAUAUUCCACAUGAAGAGCACCCUGGGCCACACAAAGAAGUGCUGGAGCUGUCCACAUAUCUCAAUCCUGUUUUCAACAGGGGUCCAAAGAAAGUAGUACUUUUCUGGCAAGACAAGCUGAACAUCCAUGAUAUUAUCAAUCUUGAUGGCAAGUUGGUCCACACAUUUUCAAAUAUUCAGAAUGCCUUGGAUUCUUCUCCAUCUUCCAUUGUCUUACCAGCUGUAAACCAGCAUUGGACAAAUCAGCUGCCUAGAUAUCUACAAGAGAAGCUUGGAGAAAACCCAAUACAUGUGGAUUACUUAUCUUCUUGGAAUCCAGAACUGAGCAGCACAAAAUCAUCUCUAUUAAUAGUGAAAUUGCCAUCAACUGACAGACAUGCAGUGACACCAGACACCAAAGUCCUAGCUGAUGAUGAUGUCAUUGAACUGGUCAUCAAUACGUUAAAAGCAAACAGUGUUCCUUACACAGCUAUUUUCACAGCCAGCAGGAGUUCACAGGUGGUUAGACAUACUUUCAAUGAAGUAAUGAAUACAGGUAGACAGCUUUUGCAAGUACCAAGCUGGAACCAGCAUCCUCCCAUAAAUGUUACAGAUGGUGAAAUACCCUGCAUUCUCUUCAGAGCCAAGAAGGUAACACUCCGAUUUGGAGACCAGCCUGAGAUAGAUUUGACAAACAGAACUUUUGGGAGCACUGCUAAAGUUAAUACCAGGGAUUCAACAUGUACUUCGGAUAAAGCUACGCUUUCCUUGAACUAUGGUGAUGUUGGAAAUCUAAAGCAACUUGUCAUUAGGUUUGAAAUGUCAAAUUAUUAUCACAGAACUUCUGUUCAGAACUGGUUUACCCUGGAUUUUGUCCAGAUCUUCCACAACAAUUCAUUACAAGCAAUGUUCAAUGCAUCUGAAAUAUUUGCUCCAGUUACAAAUUCAUACCACUGUCAAUACAUCAGCAGCCUGCAGAAACAUGAAGCAUUACUGGUGCCCAGAUCCAAAGAGGACACUACAAGAUUCUGGCAUAUCACCUUUGUGGAGUUUCAGAUUCAAGGCUUUAAUAUUAAGGCAGGACAGUUUGCCUCUGCCAGAGACUGUGCCUCAUUCUUCACACCAGCUGUCUUGAUGGGCCUUGUAACUUCUCUCAUACUCGUGCUAGUUUUUGCUUAUGCAGGGCAUAUGCUGAUCCACUUAAAGAGGAUGGAAGAGUACAAUGAAUCCAAAUAAUUGUUUACAACCCUAAGAUGGAAGAACCUCAUUAUGUAGAGUAAUCACCACUAAGACUGUGCCCAAAAUUGCAAAUUCUUUAGCUUGCAUUUUCUUCACCUUACUAUCUGAAAAUCGGGCAAUAUUUCGGCAGUUGGAUGAGGAGAAUCACUACACUUUCCAACUCAUCAAAAUGUGUCACAUUUUAGUCAUAACACAUUUUCUAGUGGGUUAAACCAUUGCUGAAAGAAGCAUCCACCUUAAACAAGCAGGGACUUUAUUUAAUAUGCUGAUAGCAAGUUGGUCUGGUACAUCGCUUGCUAUAGAUCUGGCAUGUAGGGUACCUGAUGGAAAGAAUGUUUUCUGAAGUGGGUGAUAGAUAGCUGUUAGUAUCCGAAAGCUCAUAAAGAAGGCAGCAUAAUAUAAACAUCACUAUGUUUUAGCCAUUUUAAAUUAUUUUUCCUGUUGGCACUUAAAGACUCUCAUGAUGAGUCUUGUGUCAACCAGUUAUGUAAUUUUACCCCACACCACAACAAUAGGAAAUACCUUAUAUCACAUGUCUGGAGGAAAAUGAAGCCCUACAGAAAGGUCUGAGCAGAACAGGCUGUGAGAUUUUUCGAUCAAUUCACUACCUAGAAAUCAGAAGCUGAAACCCCAAGUAAUUUUUUUCCCCUGCAGCCCAAGCACAAAGAGACAAAUAAAGCAAUGGAAAUAUAGAAGCUUAAGUGAGCCUACUUGAUAAAACAUUUUCAAUCAUCAUCUGCAAAGAAAUAUUCAGAUUUUCACAAUAGGCACUUCAGGAAGACCUGGCCUGAGUACUCACACUGCUAAUAAUCGCUUGUCACUUUUGUGGUCCUGCCAAUCGCACAAUUAAAAACCAAGAAAGAACAGAAGUUAAUGACAAGAUCACACAAAAUUCCCUUCCUGACUCCCAUAUUAGCUAAGAUUUCUUAACAGCUGUCUCUCCUCAGGCUCUGUCCCUCUCUCCUUCAAAUCUGACAGCAUCACCCAUCUCAGAAAAAGCAAGCCUUAACUCCUCCAUCCUGCAAACUAUCACGCCAUCUCCAACCUCCCUUUCCCCUCCAAGGUCUUUGAAUGUGCUGUUGCCUUCCAAAUUUGUGCCCAUCUUUCCCAGACUCCAUGUUUGAAUCCCUCCAAUCAGAACAAGUGUUCAAAUGAGAAGCAUUUUAACAGAAAGCUUAAGUUCUUAUCUAUGUACGUGUAAAAAAAAAAUGCAAUACACCUUCACAGUUACUUGUUCUGUAAUUACUUUGUUUUGUAAAAUCACCUAUAAUUCUUUUCAUUUAAAAAAAAUAGAAAGGUAGACAAGAAAAUUAAAAUCUCUGAAGUGUGUUUUGCCUAACUUCUUUGAAACUGCUUUAAAUUGCCCAGUGUUUCACAAUGUUUGUGGUUUUACAUCAUUAAUUUUGAUAUUAGAAGUAUUUAAAAACCUAAUAUUGCAGUUUUAUGUUGCUCCUUUUUGCUACUUCUAUAAAUAUUUAACUGUGACCAUAUCAUAAAUAAAUGCAGAAUGGAAGUAAUAAAAAUAAAAUGAUGGAACCACAUAAUAGCACACAAACUUCAAUAAAUUAAAAUAGCAAAUGCAGGUCAUAUAGAUUUACAGUGAUGGAAAGAAUAAAUGUUUUAUACUUUAAUCCCUGAGGCCUCCUUCUACCAAGGCACACUCCAAGGCAAGCGGGAAAUCCCUGUAGAGAUGUUGGGUCAGUCAUUUAACUAUUUAAAUAACCAAUUAAUUGAACCCUUAACUCAGAAUUAUAGCUUUAAUAGCCAGUGCUUCCCGAGCGGUAAAGAACUUGCUAGUGUCAACAAGGUGAGGGUACAAUGGGGAGCCAUUGAUCAAUUAAAUUAAUAGGCUGGAAAGCUCUUAAAUAUGAUACUGCUGAGCUGCUGCCCUGCCUAUGUGAAAGAUUUGUGUUAUUGGAACUUGUUCUGAGAAUGUGUUUUUACUGGUUUGCGGAAAAUAAAUUGAAAGUCCAGAGAAAAUAUCAGAGAAAGAAAUUGUUGUGAGUAGAUACAAUUGAAUUAACAGACUAUCAUCUUGUCUCCUUUCUUCUGUUGUUUCACACUGCAGGGUCUCACAGAACAAGAAACAGUUUGACCCUUUGUAGUCCCUUUUGCUGCUAUGAACAAAAAUGCUGCAUCUUGAUCAGUAUCUAUUUUAUCUAUGUUGAUUUGCAUUUGUUCAUUGUUUUCUCUGUAUCCCAGAGAUGCACAAAUAUGUUGUUUUUGCAAUAGAGUACCUCUAUUUGUGUGUCUGACCAAAUGAUCAAAUUCUGAAUACUACUUAUAUAAUAGAGGUCACUUCUUAAAAACUAGUUAUGUGAAUAAGACCGGAAUGAUUUUGAUUAAGAUACUUGGAGUUAUGAGAAUCUGAAUGUUGUCAAAAUUACAGUAUUUUUGUUGUAAUUUAAGAUCAUGUCCACAAAGAAGUGGGAAAUUAAAAAAAAGACUUUUAUAGAAA